UACUCUCUCUUAGCAUUACUUCUCAGAAAAAGAAGGCCUCCGAGUCAAUUGCACCUCUUCUUUCUCUCCACCACCUCCCAUUUAUAUUCCUCCUACCCUCUUAUCUCACCUCAAUUACUUUCCACGUCCCAUUCUCUCUUUCUUUGUGCUCACAACACAACACAACAACACAACACAACCAUGGGUAGAUCUCCUUGUUGUGAGAAAGAGCACACAAACAAAGGAGCUUGGACAAAAGAAGAAGAUGAGCGUCUCAUUAACUACAUCAAGAUUCACGGUGAAGGCUGUUGGAGAUCUCUUCCUAAAGCUGCUGGCUUGCUUAGAUGUGGCAAGAGUUGUAGACUCAGAUGGAUUAAUUACCUUAGACCUGAUCUCAAAAGAGGAAACUUCACUGAACAAGAAGAUGAGCUUAUCAUUAACCUUCACAGCUUACUUGGAAACAAAUGGUCUUUAAUAGCUGCAAGGUUACCAGGAAGAACUGAUAAUGAAAUAAAAAACUAUUGGAACACUCACAUCAAACGAAAACUCUAUAGCCGUGGAAUCGACCCACAAACUCAUCGUCCACUCAACAGUUCAUCCACUUCGACGGCCACCGCCACCGCCACCGCCACCGCCACCGCAACUGCCACCACAGUUCCACCUGCUAACUCUACUACUACAGUCCCUGUGGUCACAACAAGCACUAAGAAAACGAACAACCAUAACAUUAACAACAACAACAACAUCAGUUUUCAGUUAGUGAGUGGUUAUGCCAACACAAACAUUGGAACCGAUUUAAAUGGUGAAGAUUCGAAUAGCAGCAGCGGCGUUACCACAGAGGAAGCUUAUCCUCAUGAUCAAGUGAAUUUGGACCUUUCCAUUGGGCUUCCAUCUCAGCCUCAUGCUUCUUCCGUGAACACAGACAAGUUAAAACAAGAACAACAAGAACCACCACCACCAAAUGUUUUGUACCAAUGGUAUGGGAAUGUUACUAGUCAAGGUGUGUGCCUGUGUUACGGUCUAGGGUUUCAAACCAAGCAAGCAUGUAGCUGCAAAGCCAUGGGUACUACCACCACAACCACCACCGAUAAUAGUUUGUACAGAUUUUAUAGACCCAUGAAUAUUUAGAGCUUUAGAAGUUAGUGUUAAAUGUAAUGUUGUGAUAUUGUUCUUAGUUAACAUGGAAAAUGGAAAUACUUGUAGAAUUCCAAAAUUUUGAGAAAAAUUUCAAUUU